GUCGUCCUUUAUAUUUUUAUUCUCUUAUCUGGAUUAGAAGAGUUAAAGAAAAAAAAAAGAAAAGAAAAAGUUAUAUGAAGAGGCCGGAUUUUUUCUUAUUUUUUAUAUAGUAGUAUGACGGCAUUUUAUCUGUGUGUAUGUUACCUAAGAGGAAAGGAAUAAAAUAAAAUGUAUUAUUUCGGAAAGACCAUUCAUGGUAUUCAACAUCAAUACAGAUUUCCUAUUUGAAUUAUUAAAUAUAAGAAGAUAUCCGUUUUUUUUUGUUAUCAUUAUUUCUUUUUCUUUUCCUUGUUUAAUUUCUUUUUCUAAAUAAUAGAAUAUACACCAUAUGUCUCAAUUCAAUCCACCUAGUUUUCAACCUACUUCAUUUAAUACAAAUGAAUUAUUUCACUCAGAUAUACAAAUUCAAUUUGCUCCAACAGUACCUCCUAAUCCAUCAUCUCGAAGAUCUCCGACUUCUGAUCAUCAUCAUCAUCAACAACAACUCAUGCACUUUCAUAAUCCUUCAUUUCAACAUCAAGAAGUUUUAACUCCACAUCCAUCCUUUUUACCUUCUUAUUCUGGUAGUCCGUUUGAUAGGCUUGAUUCAAGUUCAGGAAAUCUUUCUUUAUCCUCUGGAGGUAACAGGCAGUUACAAACGAAGGCUGAACGUAGAGCUGAACACAACGCGAUUGAAAGAGCUCGUCGUGAAAGCUUAAAUGCAAAAUUUCAACAACUUGCCUUCACUUUACCUAACCUUCAAAAUGAUACACGUCCCUCCAAGAGUACAAUCAUUGAUCGUACCUUGGAUUUUGUAAAAAUGGCGAUUGCAAAGGAAGAACGUUAUCAAGGCCGUAUAAGAGAACUUGAAAAAUUUAAUAGUUAUUUACUAUCUGAAGCGGAUAAACAUCGUCAAUCUUCUUCUUUCAAGAAAUUAAGAAAAGAUAAAUUAUCCAAUUCAAAUAUUCAACAACAUGCUGGUAAAUUAAUGAAGUCGAUCGAUAAACUAGAUCAAUUUUUAAAAGAAGAAGAAGAGAGCGUUGAUAUGGAUCAAACCCAUGAAGACUAUGUUGAUAAUGAAGAAGACGAUAACAAUAACAAUAAUGAUGACGAUGAAGAUGAUGAUGAAGAUGAAGACAUGCUAACUGAACAUCAAAACAUCUUCAAUUCUUUCGUCACUCCUUCUCCUCCUCCUGUUUCUAUGACAAAUAAGUCCAAAGUCAUUCACCCUGUUCCUAUGGUUGCAGUUACCGGAGUUCAUUCACUUCCUGUUUCACAAUCAUCGGUGCCCUUGAUACCGAAGCAAAGUUAUCCUACCAUGAUCCAAUCUAAUCAUUGGCCAGUCACUACUCCUACUACUUCACCUUUCUCACCGAAUCAAGAUUGUAUGGUCUUAAAAGACGAACCUCAAAUCAAUUUCUUACAAUCCUCUUCUUUUAUGGUUCCUAAAUUCCAAUCUUCAAUGAUGACAAGUGGUGGUGAAUCAAAACAAGAAGAAGAAGAAAAAUCUGGGUUCAAUCUACUAACUUCUGCUAAUGAUAAUCAUCAUCAUCAUCAUCAUCUAAACUUCUUUAAUCAUUAUUCAGCUAUGUUCAACGACAAUAACACUACUGCUUUUAUGAAUACAAAUAUGGUAAAGCAAGACCAUCAUUAUCAGCAUCAAUUAAUGCACAGACGGUAAAACAUACACACACACACACACACACACACACACACACA